CAGACUCAGUCCACCAGCUCAUACCACAGAUCCCCCGGCCUCCGGCGACCGGCAGGCAUGCCCGCGCCACCACAGCCGGCAGGCGGACGGCGGCGGUGGAAGCACCGGCUGAGCCCCACGCUGGCGCGGGACCGCUGCUACGCCCGCGCCUUCCGCUCCGCCGGCCUCCGCCAGGCCGCCGUGCCGCUCCCCGACGGCGCCGUCGUCCACUUCUGGCUCCCGCGCCCCGACCCGGCGCUCCACCCCGUCCUCCUCCUCCACGGCUUCGGCGCCAACGCCACCUGGCAGUGGGCCCCCUUCCUCCGCCCGCUCAUCGCCGCCGGCCUUGCCCCUUUCGUCCCAGACCUCGUCUUCUUCGGCGACUCCGCCUCCCCUGCCGCCGACAGAUCCCCCGCCUACCAGGCCGCCUCCGUCGCAGCCGCCAUGGCCGCCCUCCCCGGCGCGCCGCAGAGGUACAGCGUCGUCGGCGUCAGCUACGGCGGCUUCGUGGCCUAUCACCUCGCCCACGCGUUCCCCGCCGUGGUGGAGCGGCUCGUGCUCGUCGCUGCGGGUGUGUGCCUCGAGGAGGCCGACCUGGCGUCCGGGCUCUUCGCCGUGGACGACAUCUCGGAGGCGGCCAGCCUGCUGCUGCCGCAGCGGCCCGAGGAUCUGAGGAGGUUGGUGGACCUCACCUUCUGCAAACCGCCAAAGUUCAUGCCGUCCUGCUUCAUCAGGGAUUACAUCAGGGUUAUGUGUACUGACAAUGUCAAAGAAAAGACUGAGUUGUUAUAUGCCUUGAUCAGUGGUAGGAAGCUUUCGGACCUUCCUAAAAUUAACCAGCAAACCUUGAUAAUUUGGGGAGAGCAAGACAGGGUUUUCCCAUUAGAACUUGGCUUGCGAUUGAAAAGACAUUUGGGGGAUACAUCGGAAUUAACCAUCGUCAAGGAUGCUGGCCAUGCCAUAAACCGUGAAAAACCUGCAGAGCUUUGCAGACUUAUAAAGAACUACAUCAUUGAUCCCUCGGUCAAAUACCGGGAUGAUCGCAAGGGAUGUUGGAAGUUUGCGUUAAGAAGAUUUGCUGGAUCGAGCCUGAGGAAGGUGGACUCAAGCCGGCCGCUGAUAUAGUGUACAUAUAUAUUGACUUGUAUAACAUGUAAGAAACUUCAACUCUCUCUCAUCCGCGUCUGUCUUGACAUUGGUAACUGGUAAGACUUACCGCUGUGUGAAUUGUUGUAGUGCUGGUCGCACUGAAUGAGCUGUGUCAUCCAUUUAGGGCCUGUUCUGAUCUUCUCCAACUUCACAAAACUUCCCAAAUCCAGCUUCCCCAGCCAGCUUCUUGCUCCAACUGGCGAUUCCCCGAGCGUUCAACUUCGUGUGUAGCUUCUUCUAGCGCUGCGGCCCAGCUGGGAGGUUGCGGGCCUAUUGGGCGCCAGUUUGGGCCGGUUGGAGGCAGCCCAGUACCGGUUCGAUGGAGGGAGCGAGUAGCGAUCUGUUUCUUGCGAGCGUACCAAUUCGCUGGACUGACUUGGCGGUGGCAGUUGGAUGUAAAAAGGGCAAACUCCAGCUUUUUGUUUUGGUGGAGCUGGGCCGAGCCUGCUUCUCGUUUUUGCACGUAGCUCCGGCUCAGCUUCUCGAAUCCAGCUUCUCCUCGCUCAAACAUUUGGCACAACUUCUGUCCAGAAAUUUGAAGAGUUGGAAGCUAGAGGAGAUCAGAACAGGCCCUUAGUCUAUGCCAGCUGUGUCAUCCAUUCAAUAUGUACAGAAAAAUCAUGUUUCUUCGUGUGAUGCAACCAAACAACUAUUACUGAUUUAUGUGGGGUUCCAACUUCCAAA